AUGAGCGCUCUUGAAGUGCUCCAGGGAAAUCUGCACCAUGCUAAGGGAGCAUCGGCCACCUUGUGCAGAAUUGCCCAAAUCAAUAACAUCGCUCUAGGACUUAUCCAAGAGCCGUGGGUGUUUGAUGGCCAAAUACGGGGUCUCAACACAAAAUCAGGUAAGCUGGUUUAUGACCGUUCGAUAGCAGUGCCACGUGCAGCUAUCCUAAUCGGUGGAGAUGUAAAAUAUCUUCCGUUAACAAACUUUAUUUCUAGAGACCUAGCAGCGGUUCUAGUCGAAGUCCCAACACUAAGAGGGGCCACAGAUAUAGUCAUGGCCUCUGCCUACUUCCCAGGUGAUGAAGUAACCAUUCCACCAUCGGAAGUCCAGCAGCUGAUCAACUUCUGCAAGUCCACUGGGCGACAGCUAAUCUUGGGCUGUGACGCUAAUGCCCACCACACAGUGUGGGGGAGCAGCAAUGAUAACAAAAGGGGUGAGUACCUAUUAGAUUAUAUUAUGUCGGUAAGAUUAAGUAUAGCUAACAAAGGUAGUAAACCCACUUUUAUUAAUGCAAUUAGAGAAGAGGUAUUAGAUCUCACUCUUUGCACUAGGGGUAUUGAGGAAUCUAUAUGGAAUUGGCGAGUGUCGGACGAAGUGUCCCUCUCAGACCAUCAACAUAUUAGGUUUGAAAUUCCCAGUAUAUCCGAGCAGCAAGAUAAAGUGUACCGGCCGAGGAAAACCAACUGGCUUAGGUACAGGGACUUGGUGGGUUCCGAAAAUUUUUCUCUAGCUAGGCCACUAAGAACUUGUGAAGAGAUAGAGUUGGCUGCAAACCAUUUAGGUGAGGUUUUACUGACCUCCUUUCACAACAGCACGGUUGCAGGUAAUGCUUCGAUUAGAGGUAAGGUUCCUUGGUGGAACACGCAACUAGCUAAUAAGCGUAAACUUGUAAGAAGCUUAUUCAAUAGAGCAAAACGCUCUGGUAGUUGGGAACAGUAUAGAACUGCACUCACCGACUACAACAAUUCAAUCAGACAGUCCAAACGGGCCAGCUGGCGUAGCCAUUGUGAUAGUAUUGAUAGGUUGCCUGAGGCUGCUAGACUACACAAGGCUUUAAAUAAGGUCAAAACAAAUGAAGUAGGACUUUUAAAAAAACCCGACGGAUCAUUCACUACUGGUCGUGAAGAUACCCUCGAGUUUCUCUUGCAAACACACUUACCUGGUUCCGUAUCCGGACCACCCACAUCACAUUCAUAUAGGGAAGUUACUGCUCCUACAGGUCAGGAAUACGCACUAUCUGGUGUUAUUUUUGACAGGGACAAGGUGAAAUGGGCGAUCAACUCAUUUCAACCAUUUAAGGCGCCUGGAGGCGAUGGUAUCUACCCUGCUCUAUUUUAG